ACACCAUUGCAUGCUUGCAUGAUUGUCAUAAUUUUGAAAAACUAUCGCCACGAAAAUGGCUUGUUUUGUUUCAUGCAUGCAGAGGACUGCGUAUUUGAAUAGAGGUUUGAUUUCUGUCAGAACGGUCGUAACAUCACACAACUUCCUUUCACAAAAUGCUUCCCAUGGUGUAGAUAUUGGAUUAGCUGCACCUCACAGACAGAGGAGGAUUAUCAGGCGGAGUAGAGCCUCGGCUAUCAGGGACUGCAGAAGCCAAGCCCAGUUAGAAGCUGAGGCAAGACAUAGAACAUUGAAGAUUCCUCUUGAUCAAGUCAAAGAAGUCUGGGAAGAAACUAGCGGACCAUAUCACAUACGAGAUGUAGCCAGUCAUUAUGGUAUCUUCAAAGAUUUAUUUGAUGGAGCCAGCUUUGUGCCCUACGUACCCCUCUCGAUAUCGUACAGUCAAACGUCUGGGGAACAUGUACCGGUUUUCAGGGGGAACAUUGUCACCCCAUCAGAGUCUGCUCGAGCACCUGAUGUUAAUUAUUCCGCUUCUGAUGAUAGUUUAUGGACACUACUUUUGACUAAUCCUGAUGGACAUCUACAAGACAAUAAUGCUGAAUAUGUGCAUUGGCUAAUAGGUAACAUUCCUGGAAAUAGGAUAGGUGAAGGGGAAACAUUAGUUGACUAUCUAACCCCCUUCCCUGUUAGAGGUACAGGAUAUCAUCGUCUUAUCUUCAUCUUAUUCAAACAACAAUCAAGGAUAUCAUUUGAUGAGGAACAACAACAGAUGCCAUGCCAUAGUUUAUCUGGCAGGACAUUCAAGACCUUGGAUUUUUACGUAAAACACCAAGACGUGAUCACACCUGCUGGAUUAGGGUUCUUCCAGAGUCGAUGGGAUCAGUCAGUUCAACAAACCUUUCACCAAACCCUUCGUAUGAGAGAGCCUGUGUUUGAAUACGAUGCGCCCAAGCAGUACAUCGCUCCACAACAGAAGUGGCCACAUCGAAAACCAAUCCAUUAUCUCAAAAAAUUCUUACCAAAAGAUUGACACAUCUUUGCCCAACCUCUGCUCAUAUCGGACAUUUCUUUUGCUACUUCAUAAUAAUGUGAUGAUAUUUUGAUGGUGUGCAUGACAUUACAGGGGUCCUAUUGUAUAUAAUAUUGUUAUAAUAACACAUUUGCAAUAACAGUAUAAAACUACUUGACAUCAUUCAAUUUGAUUAACUGAUCAUGAACUUGUUGUACUAACAAGUCUUUAUGAAUAUCAUAGAAGAGGCUUACGGUUCACCUUGUGAUUAGUCCUGAAGAGGUCCGUUGGAUGGAGGAGUGAUAGAGAUGAAAAUUGAAAGGUGGGGAAGUGAUAGAUGAGAGUAGGUGUGAUGAUCAUCACAUGAGCGUCGCUUCUUCUCUCCUCUGGUCAUCUACUCAUUGCUCCCAAGACUUGACUCGUCUACUCUUCUGCUCCAAGUCAUCACUUCUCAUCUCCUGAAAGAUACUUCUUACUACCAUUCAUCUUUUUCCUUAUCUCUUAAUUUUAUCCAAUUUCAUUUCUCCAUUUAGUAGAGCGGAUUAGCUCCAAAAAUCACAACAAUUGUGCAAAUUUUGACUAAAGCAUGAAACUUUCACAAGUAUUAGUAUAUGCCGUAAGAUUUAUUUUAAAGGUGGGAGGUAAAUUUCAAAAUGCCAUUUUCGGCCGUUGCCAUGGCAACGGAUUAAUUUCUCAAAAAUGACAUACAUUCCCAUGUAAAUGGUAAAUAAACAUGACAUAGAUGACCAAAAUGAUAAUUUUCAAGUUCCCAAUUGAUUAUAUAUAAAAUUUAGAAACAUUCAAAAUUAACAAGAUAGUUCCAAUUGGUCCGUUGCCAUGGCAACGGCUUGUUUUUUCCCCAGAAAAAUAAAAAAACUGAUUAAAAAAACGUUGUACAAUAGGAUUUAUCUUUAAUUUCCCCUAAUUUUACAGUGUAAAACAACGAUAUUUUGGUUGCUCAAUGUAUAAACUACAUCUCAAGCCAUUGCCAUGGCAACCAAAUAACAUCUAAUUUACAAAAAUAACAUGGUAAACUAGACAAUGGACAGGUGGAAAAUACAACUGGAAAUGACUUAAUAUGUAUGCUUAAGUUUUGACCCCCUCAUUUGAACAAAAAAUACAGAAUGUGUUCUGCAGGAGUUCUUUAUAAAGAUAAAACAUUAUGUUGCCUUGGUAAUGCUUGAAUUAAAUAAAAAAAAACGAAUGUUGCAAAGAUCCCGUUGCCAUGGCAACAGUUUAUUUCCCUCUAGAAAGGUAAAAAUAUUGAUAAAAAUAUAGAAUACAUGUAUGAUCAUCAUUCCAUUUUCAAUAUUUUUAAGGAACUAAUCAAAAUAUGAUUGUGACUACAUUUAUAAAUAUAACAUCUUAAGCCAUUGCCAUGGCAACCAGAUAACAUCUAAUUUAAAAAACAACAGCAGGGAUGACAAGGUUAUGGAUAGGUGAAAAGUACAAUGAAAAUUAACUUAUGUAUAUGCAUAAGGUUUGACCUACUCAAUUAAUUUAGGGGAAAUAAUACAGUGAGUGUUCUGCAUGAACUAAUUGGAAUGAUACAGAUUGAUGUUGCCUUGGUAAUACUUGAAUUCAACGAUAAAUAUCAAUGUUGCAAAUUGCCUGUUGCCAUAGCAACGGAUCAUUUAGUACCAGUUUUUAUUAAAAAAGGACUAUAGAAUCUGGUUUUUCUUGCAUUUCCCCCAAUCUUAGUGUGUUAAACAUAGAUAUGUUUGAUGCAAAUUGUUUUAAAAAAAUCUAAUGCUAUUGCCAUGGCAACCAAAUAAUAUCUAAUUCACAAAAAAAUAAUAAUUUGGAUGACAAGAUCAUGGACAGGUGGAAAAUACAAAUAUAAAUCAAUAUGCGAAAGGUUUGGCUAGUCAUUUAAUUUUAAACAAAAAAUUCACUAAGUAUUCUGCAUGAGUUCAUUAGAAUAAUGAAUUGAUGUUGCCUUGGUAAUUCUUGAAUUAAAUGAUAAAUAUUAAUAAUUCAAAUGUUCUGUUGCCAUGGCAACAGCUCAUUUCCCCCAGAAAAGUAUCAGCAGCUUUGAUAAAUAAAAACAUGAUAAAAUCUGAUUUUUCUUUCAUUUCCCUUAAGUUAAGGGUGUUAGAAAAUAUAUGUUUGCGGUUAAUAUGUAGAUAACAUCUUCAGCCAUUGCCUUGGCAACCAAUCAAUCAAGAUAAUUUAUAAAUACAAAAAAAAAUUACUGUUGAAAUGAUAAUGGUCAGGUGGGAUGUAAAAUAAAGGUUUACUUUUAAAAGCUCC